AUGUUCAAAAAGAAGCCCACGAUCAAAAACCUCGCGCCGUUGCGAUCAUCGGAUCGGAGGAAGAUUGCCGACCAGAUUAUCAAGGAAUACCAGAUCACCAUCCCCACAAACCCCACCGAUGCAGGCUCCGACUCGACUCCAACCACGCCCAACCUCACGUCGAUCCGCAACGCCCUUCUCCCUGAAAAUGCACUGACUGCGCGCUUUACAACGACAACAGGGCCAGACCUGCGCGAGAUUUCGGGCAUCGUCUACGUAGGUGCCCAUCCCGAGGCCGAUGAGCGCGUCUUGUGGUUUAAGUUGGACCACGGGCCUGGAGCGGACAGGCGUCUCUAUCCAACUGUCUACACACUUUGGCAUAACCCGAACCUGGUGCCUUUGCUUUAUACCCCGGAGCCUGUUAUGCGAAAACUUCAUGGCGGUGCGGACCUGAUGACUCCUGGCCUGGCAAAUGAGCCUCCCUUCCCCCAGAAGGCUGUGAAGGGGGCUAUCGUUGCGGUGGCUAGCGUGGACAGACACACCGUACCGCUGUUUGUGGGUGUCUGCGAGAUUGAUGUCUCGGCGCUUGGCGAGGUGCAGGGUACGAAGGGCCAUGCGGUUCGUGGUCUGCAGUGGGAAGGAGAUGAGCUUUGGGCAUGGAGCUCAUCACCACGACCCGGUCGUCCUGCCCCCGAGUACCUAGAGGGAUGGGAUGAGGAAGAAGUUGAUGAGGUUGGAGACGGUGUUGGAGAGCUGACGCUAGAGGACAAAAAGGCGGGUGCCAGUGCAGAGGAUGUUGAGCAGGCACCAGCUGAAGAAGUCCCGAGCGUUGCGGAGGAGCAUGUGCUUGAAGAAAAGGAGCCUACAACGAAGGAGAUUGACGAUGCAUUCAUCAAUGCCUUUGUUUACGCCCUCUAUAAGCUCAAGCAUGACAAUCCGUCAGCUACCAAUCAUACCCUGCAAUUGCCAAUUUCCCCAUCAGCGUUGAUAUCCAACCUCACAACCCCUUACCUCCCGAUAUACUCAAGUCAACAGGCACAAUUCUACAACAUCAAGAAAACUAGCUGGAAGAACGUGAAAAAGUUCAUCAAGCAUCUGGAUAAACUGCAACUGGUCAAGUCCAAAGACCGCAGCGGCCAAGAAACCGUUAUUUUAGAUGUCGAUUUCGACGACUACCGUGUGGAACGCUUUGUUCCCUACAAGCUGCCGUCCCGGAAUGUCGUCGAAAAUGCCGGCAAGCCGGCCCCGGCAGAGAGCAAGAAGCCGGCUGCAACAGAUGGCGCCGAUUCGUCUGUGGGACAGACGCUCACUGUUCAGAAUCUGUAUCGACCAACGGCGAAGCUGGCUCCGACUAUUUUCCCUGCUCUGUCCGCUAGUGAUCCCAGGAACUUUUACAAAUACUCCGACAUAUCCAGCCACUUGGACGAGUACGUGCAGUCCCAGGACCCGCCUCUCAUCUCUCAAGAAAACCGCCGCAUCAUUAACCUGAAUCCGUUCCUCGCCAAUACUAUUUUCACUUCAUCCUCCACUGAAGACAAAGGCACGCUCGGACGGGGCAAGGUUACCCGCGAUGGCUUGUUGAAACGCAUUGUGGAAGAUUCAUACCUGCUCCAACCGCACUGGGCCAUUCUGAAGCCCGGUCAAACUCUCGCAGACGUCAAGCCCCGAGCCGGCACCGCGCCCAAAGCCCUCGUCACCAUCGAGAAGCGCACUGGCUCGAAGACUGUCACGAAGGUCACUAGCCUGGAGGUCUUUGGAAUCGUGCCUAGUUUGUUGGCCGAGGAGUUGCAGAAGAAAUGUGCUAGCAGCACCAGUGUCACGCAGGCGCCUGCUGCCCCCAGAGGUGUCAUGGAGGUCCUGGUGCAGGGUGACCAGCGGAAGGCUGUGGAGACGGCUCUGGUUCGCCGCGGGCUGCGCACACAGUGGAUCGAUGUGGUUGAUAAGACCAAGAAGAAGAAAUAG